UACAAGCAACCGACCGCGCGCUGGCUUGGCUAGCAAGCGAGGAAGAAGCUAGACAGAAAUGGCGGUGACGGCAAGGCGAGCAGCAUGAAGUGCUGAUGCAUUACAUGGAUCAAAACUAACGACUGCCAGGACAACGUUGGGAAAAUGACAAUGACGUCGAAGUAGGACACCUUUUGUAACUGUCAUCACAAACCAACAACACCUUCCCGGGAGAGUUUUCAUCUUGUCAGCGGAGAAGAGAAAAUCUCACCGGGAGCAUGGCUUCUUACAGCAACCAGUACAUCUUCGGGGAGUUCAGCCCUGAUGAAAUCAAUCAGUUUUUCGUGACUCCACGAUGCUAUGUUGAGCUUCCUCCGUUCAAUGACAAAGUCCCAUGUGUCAGUCAGUCUUCUGGAAGUUACUGCACUCCUGCUGUACCUUAUAUUAUGGAGUCUAUGGGACUGCAGGUUUGCGCAGAAGACUAUCAGCACAUCGAGUUUGGCGUUGACGAGGUGAUGGAUUCCAAGCCUGUCGGUGUGAACGAUCCUUUAUACAAGGUGUCAAGCACCCUCAACCCCCAGGCGCCGGAGUUCAUCUUGGGCUGUCAGUCAGGCCAGAAGGCUCAGCAGACGACUCCUUCAGCAGCUGACGACCCUGACGGAGCUCACUUCAACUCACUGGACGGGCCUGACUCAGAGGCCUCGGCCCUGGACAAUCACCAGGCAUGCCAGGACAUGGACGGACUCCCUGGCAGUCUGGGGCAGCGAGAGAGGAAGAAAAAGAAAAAGCGACCGCCAGGGUAUUACAACUACCUGGAUCCCUCAGGCAGCAGCAACAACAACAACAGCAGCAGUGCGGCAGAUGGGACGCCUGUCGCAGCGCUGGUGAACGGACAUGCACUCAGUGGCCCACACCACAGUCCUGAAGAUGUGGACAGUAAGGCUUUGUCAGGGGCAGAACUUUCCACCCCUGGACCUGUUUCCAUGGCAACAUCAACAGCUGCUGUGGCAGCAGCCAAGUUUGCCCCUACAGCCACUGCCAAUCAGAGGACUUGUGAUAGCCCUGAUGACUCUUCUUUGGACUUAACAGGUGGAGCUCCUUCUUUAUCAGACGGCAACAAUGCAACUUCCUCCUCGUCAUCAUCCUCUCAAAGCAGAGGGAUGACAGAGGGACCAAGGACUGCAGAUCAGCAGCCAGAUCUUUUGGCCCCACAGAGCUCUGAUCUUUCAGAUACUUCACAAAGCCCCCGCUCCAAAUCACCUCUUCCACCUUCAGCUGCUGUGGCAGCCCCCUCUGUUGCCACAUCCAUUAUGACUACUGAGCUGGAAGGAAGGGAGCUAGCAGACAGUGCAGUAGCUAACGGGCUGUCGGAGCCCAAUACUCCUGUCAGUGCAGACGGACACAAAGAAGACUGUGAGAGUGGGGAGCAGGCUCAGCAGGUCUCCCCAGACUCUUCUGCUCAGUCAGCAGGGACUGAGCAGGCCCAUACGCCUGCAACUCAAGCUGCACCCACUGCCAACCUCCCCAAAUCUUGGGCAAGCCUCUUUCACAACUCCAAACCUCUGCCUGGAGGCCCUCAGGCCUUUGUGGAGGUAAAAAAUGUUGUGGAAGUGGUGUCACCCACCCCCGCUACACCAGAGCAGCCUGAGAAAGUUGGAGAGGUUAAAGAUAGCCCUGUCCAUGUAUCAGAGGAUCCUAUGGCCCCUAAACUUGCAGAACUUAUUGAGAAUGUGAAGUUGAUACAUAAACCAGUGUCUUUGCAGCCGAGAGGACUGAUCAACAAGGGAAACUGGUGCUAUAUCAACGCUACCCUACAGGCCCUGAUCGCGUGUCCUCCCAUGUAUCACCUGAUGAAGUCCAUUCCUCUGCACAGUGAAACGCAGAGACCAUGUACCUCCACACCCAUGAUAGACAACUUUGUACGGCUGGUGAAUGAGUUCAACAACAUGCCUGUGCCAUCUAAAGCCAAACAGCAAGCUGUUGGUGAUAAAGUCAUGAAAGACAUUCGGCCUGGAGUACCUUUUGAACCGACCUACAUUUACAGACUCCUCACUCUAAUCAAGUCAAGCCUCUCUGAGAAGGGUCGACAAGAGGAUGCGGAGGAGUAUCUCGGCUUCACUCUCAAUGGAUUGCACGAGGAGAUGCUGGCAUUGAAAAAACUUAUCUCGCCUCAGGAAGAGAAAGCUCCCACACCAAAUGGGCCAGAGUCCCAGCCAGGUGUGGAGGAAGAUGAUGCUGAUAAGGAGGAAGAGGGCAGCGAGGACGAGUGGGAGCAAGUUGGCCCCAGAAACAAGACUUCCAUCACUCGCCAAGCUGACUUUGUCCGCACACCCAUCACUGAUAUAUUCGGUGGGCACAUCAGAUCGGUGGUGUAUCAACAGAACUCUAAAGAAUCAGCCACCCUUCAGCCUUUCUUCACCCUGCAGCUGGACAUCCAGUCAGAGAAAAUCCGAACUGUCCAGGAGGCUCUAGAAACCUUAGUGGCACGAGAGUCGGUCCAAGGCUACACUUCUAAAACCAAGCAGGAGAUUGAGAUCAGCCGAAGGGUCACUCUGGAAGAGCUUCCUCCUGUGCUGGUGCUCCAUCUCAAGAGAUUUGUUUUUGAGAAGACCGGAGGCUGCCAGAAACUGACCAAGAACAUUGAUUACCCUGUUGACUUGGAAAUCAGCAAAGAUCUUUUGUCCUCUGGAGUGCGGAGCAAAGUUGUGAAAGGCCAAAGAACUUACAGGCUCUUUGCAGUUGUCUAUCACCAUGGGAACAGCGCGACAGGCGGUCAUUACACCACGGAUGUCUUCCACAUCGGUCUUAACGGCUGGCUGCGCAUUGACGACCAAAUAGUGAAGGUCAUCAACCAGUACCAUGUGGUGAAGCAGACUGCAGAGCGCACCGCCUACCUGCUGUACUACCGCCGCGUCGACCUGCUGUAGACACACAAACGCACACACGCAUCUCAACACACAUGCAAGAAAAUAUUCACAAAGGCACACCAAACAUACAUGCUCCAAAUGCACUUGUUGACAGAACAGAACAUCAACACACAACACAGACACACACCAGACUAAUGAACAGGAACACUGCCCAACUUUUUCUCUUGCAAGAUUCCCCUCUACUUCCCUCCUGACCCUGCUUUCCUGAGAACCAGCUUUUCCAACACCUUUUUCCUUGUAUCUUUUUUUCUUUUUGGAAGAAGAGAAACAAGCUGCACUCACAAAGAUUUCCCUGUGACUGCACUUUCUUCUCUGUGCACCACUGCUGUUUUUUUUUUUUCUUUUUUGUCCUUUUUUGUUUAACUUUUAAAGCAACAAGGAAGGACCGUUGAAUAGACAGAGUUAGGGUUGGGGUUACAAGUUUGGACCUAAGACUCACCUCUGGUUGAGCCCACAGCUCGGCUCAGAUAGCAAACAGUGGACUUGCAAACAGGAAGAACUAUCCGCCGCAGGCUGCAAGUGGAGCGCUGGUGUAAUUUUGUUUGAAUUACCUUUUCAAGGAAAUGACCCUGAGAUAUCAGUGUUUGCCUUUUAGCAAAGGAGGACUGUUGGCCUGAUGAAUUUGCAGCAGUUAAAAAAGCCUGUUUGAAUUUGCCCAUUGAGAAGGCCCAGCACCAGCAUUACCAUGAGUGUCUCUUCCUCAAGGCCAGAUCGUCGUCUUCUCUGCCACCAACUCCUCCAUUUCCUCACUUUUACAAUGCUUUUAAAUCUAGGUACAACUUGAGCCAUCAAAAACAGGAAAAAAGGGUCUGUGGUACAUUGAAUGGGAACUGAACCGCUUCCUUGUUUGAGAGAUUCUCAUUAUGAUAUCUGGGUUUAGAUUUAGAAAGACUAUCUUUAAAAAAAUAUUAAUGCGCUUUAGAAUUUAAUAACAAAUAAGCUUCUGUGCACAAAGUAUAAACUGAUUGAUGAUUACAAUAUGACAGGCAAAUGCAUAUUUUGCAGAUAUUUAGAUUAAAAUGUAAAAAAAGACUAAAAAUAUAAAAUCUAGCUGACUGAAAACUUGUUUGGGUCCCGAAGGGCUGCGCUAGUUUUUCAACUCAGUUCUUGCACUGGAGAGAUGGCUACCAAUCAAGACAGAUAUUCCACUGCAAAACCUGCCCUUUGUUUACUUUGUACAUUUCCUUCUCUAUCCAUUCGUUUUCUUUUGUCUUUGUCUGAAGGUUCCACUUGUGUAAAGGUGGCUGUCAGUGUAGUUCUGAGCCACUCCGCCCCUCUUACCCCCCUGAUCAGCAGAAAGCGGGGGCUGCCUUAGGUUCAACGUGUGAUGUUUUUCCACUCAGUGUACAAGGUCUAACCCUAAUCAGGCGCCAACAGCAAGUCUAAUGUCUGUGAGGAGUUAGGAGAAUGUACCUGACACCAUUGUUUUUACUCUUUUGUGGCUCUGCUUUUCCUCCCAGUCGAGGGAAACUGAGCAGUGAAGGCAGUGGCACUACAUCUGUGCUCCGCUCUGCAUUAAAUACACCCCUGGACAUAUGCACAAAAGGAGAUAGUGUUUGCUUUUGUUGAAGAUAUUGAUUUUGGAUCAUUCAUUGAUUGUGAUGAUUUUUGUUUGAGUUACUAAACAAUGUUAGAUUUUUUUCUUUGUUAUUGAUCAUGUACUGGAUGUCCCCAUGUUCGCGCUCUCUACAGAAAAAUGCUUGCAUUUGAAUUGGUGUUGAAAAGAAAUUACACAGGCUAAAGCACAACAAUGAAUAAAAUUGAACUAGUU